AUGGCCGCACAGGUAGCUGAAACCCAGGCCUCUGCUUCUCAACAGUUGUCCCUUCAUGCGCCGGAAUCCGGCCCGGAGCUCGAAAGCCCGCUCGACAGUGCCAAGACACUGAUAUGUGCCCUCAAUUUCCUCUCUCGCAAUUUGCCCUUGCCCCAGCACGUAUACGACGCCGUUUCCUCCAUUUACGAGAACGCCUCCAUUGACGGCGGCCAUGACGCCCCCGCCGAUGUCGAUCGCGAUGGAGAGGGUGACGACAGAGGCGGGGCAGCUUCGCCGCCGCCAAAGGUUAAUUCGGAUGUACCUACUUACGAUGAGUUAAUGUUGGAUUUUGAGGAUGCUGUGCUGCAACAGAGAUCGAGCUGUCUGCCUGGUUCGAGAUUGUCGGACUUAAAGGAGAACAGAUAUCGGGGCCGGAUUCAGCAUCGGCUAAAGGAACUUGAGGAGUUACCCACAAGCAGAGGGGAGGAGCUGCAAUCAAGAUGCUUGCUCGAGCUUUACGGACUUAAGUUAGCUGACCUCCAGAGCAAAGUGCGCUCUGAAGUGAGUUCCGAGUAUUGGCUCCGUCUGUAUUGUUCAAAUCCCGAUAAGCAGCUUUUUGAUUGGGGCAUGAUGCGAUUACGUCGUCCUUUUUAUGGUAUUGGAGAUGCUUUUGCAGUGGAAACUGAUGAUCCCUUGAAGAAGAAACGGGAUGCUGAGCGGUUGUCAAGAUUUGAGGAAGAAGAAAAGAAUCGUAUUGAGACUAGGAAAAGGAAAUUCUUUGCUGACUUACUCAAUGCUGCACGUGAACUCCAGUUGCAAAUACAGGCUGCUCAGAAACGUCGGAAGCAGAGAAAUGAUGGUGUUCAGGCAUGGCAUGGAAGGCUAAGGCAAAGAGCUACAAGGGCUGAAAAACUGAGGUUCCAAGCUCUGAAGGCUGAUGAUCAAGAAGCUUACAUGAAAAUGGUUGAGGAGAGCAAGAAUGAAAGAUUGACAAUGCUCCUCGGAAAAACUAAUGAUCUUCUUGUUAGAUUGGGAGCUGCAGUUCAACGUGAAAAAGAUGCCGCACAUGACAGUAUCAUCGAGCCACUGGAUGUCUCGGACACUGAUUUGCCCGAGCUGUCUACUUCUAAAGCUGAUACACCAGCACAAUCACUUCCAGAUGAAGAUGAAGAGGUUGAUGAUGAAAUUGAUAACAAAGCAAAGACGGGUGAUUUACUGGAAGGACAGCGGAAGUAUAACUCGGUUGUACACGCGAUCCAGGAGAAGGUCACAGAGCAACCGAGCAUGCUUCAAGGCGGAGAGUUGAGGCAGUACCAAUUGGAAGGGCUUCAGUGGAUGCUGUCGUUGUUCAACAACAAUCUGAAUGGGAUCUUAGCAGAUGAGAUGGGGUUGGGGAAAACGAUUCAAACCAUCUCCUUGAUUGCCUAUCUCAUGGAGAACAAGGGCGUGACUGGACCCCACUUGAUUGUGGCUCCAAAAGCUGUCCUUCCGAACUGGGUCAACGAGUUCACUACCUGGGCUCCAAGCAUUUCUGCAGUUCUGUACGAUGGACGUAUAGAUGAGAGGAAGGCCUUGAGAGAGGAAUAUUCGGGAGAAGGAAAGUUUAAUGUAUUGAUUACCCAUUAUGAUCUGAUCAUUAGGGACAAAGCCUUUCUCAGGAAAAUACACUGGCAUUACCUGGUUGUUGACGAAGGGCAUCGUCUUAAGAAUUAUGACUGUGUUUUAGCACGGACUCUGGUUUCAGGUUACCGAAUUCGGAGGCGGCUUCUUUUGACUGGGACUCCCAUCCAGAACAGUUUGCAGGAACUAUGGUCCCUGCUUAAUUUUCUCCUUCCGAACAUUUUCAACUCGGUCGAGAACUUUGAGGAAUGGUUUAAUGCUCCCUUUGCAGACAAAUGUGACGUCAGCUUAACUGACGAGGAACAGCUGUUAGUCAUUCGCCGCCUGCAUCAUGUCAUAAGGCCAUUUAUUCUGAGGAGGAAAAAAGACGAGGUUGAGAAGUUUCUACCUGGUAAAACCCAGGUCAUAUUAAAGUGUGAUUUGUCCGCGUGGCAAAAAGUAUAUUACCAGCAAGUGACAGAGCAGGGGAGGGUUGGUUUGGCUCAUGGUUCUGGUCGAUCCAAAAGUCUCCAAAACCUAACAAUGCAGCUCCGCAAGUGCUGCAACCACCCGUACCUAUUCCUCGGAGACUACUUCUUGCAGCGUAGUGAGGAGAUCGUCAGGGCCUCGGGAAAAUUUGAGCUUCUCGAUCGCCUCCUCCCAAAGCUCCACCGGGCGGGCCACAGGGUCCUCCUUUUCUCCCAAAUGACCAAACUCAUGACCAUACUCGGUGACUAUCUCUCCUUAAAGGGCUACCAAUUUCUUAGGCUCGACGGGACCACCAGCACGGGCGACCGGGGGGAAUUGCUUAAGCAGUUUAAUGCCCCCGACUCACCUUACUUCAUAUUUCUCCUCAGCACGCGGGCCGGCGGGCUGGGCCUGAAUCUGCAGACUGCUGACACUGUUAUCAUUUUUGAUAGUGAUUGGAACCCUCAGAUGGACCAGCAGGCGGAAGAUCGGGCCCACCGGAUCGGGCAGAAGAAGGAGGUGAGGGUGUUUGUGCUCGUGAGCGUGGGGUCCAUCGAGGAGGUCAUUCUUGAAAGGGCCAAGCAGAAGAUGGGUAUCGAUGCAAAAGUCAUCCAGGCAGGACUGUUCAAUACGACCUCCACAGCCCAAGACCGAAGAGAGAUGCUGGAGGAGAUCAUGCGCAAGGGAAGUAGUGCCCUGGGCACGGAUGUCCCGAGCGAGCGGGAGAUUAACCGGCUGGCAGCCCGCUCGGACGAGGAGUUUUGGCUUUUCGAGAAGAUGGAUGAAGAACGGAGGCAGCGGGAGAAUUACCGGGCCCGCCUCAUGGAGGAGCACGAGGUCCCUGACUGGGUUUACACAAUCCCGGACAUCAAUUCUGCCAAGGCCAAAGGCUCCUUACAUCCUGACAAUAUCCCUGUUACUGGCAAGCGCGUCCGGAAAGAAGUUAUCCGAGAUGACACCAUUACCGAGUCCCAAUAUAUGAAGGCUGUCGAGAUUAUUAGGGAUGACGGUGGUAAAAAUCCUUCCAAGAGAAGACGAGAGAAUACUAUUAAUAUCAAUAAUAAUAUUCAUAAUUAUAUCAAUAAUAGUAGUAAUAAUAACCCACCACCCGUUCCUAAUAAUGAACUGGCUGGUAAGAGUAAUAGUACUCUCAGUGGGGAGAAAAGACUUGUGAUUUUGAAGAGGGAGACGGUUAUGUUCGGGAGUGUGGGGAAGGGCGAGGAUGGGUUUGGGUCGGUGUCGAAAAAGAUUAAGCCCGAAGCAGAGAGCUCGAGUAAAAGCGGGCCUGAAAGUUUGGAGAGCGGGUUGAAUGGCUUGACUUGGAGUGUGCAUAAGAGGAAGAGGUCAAGUUUGGCAUGA